AUGACAGGCGUUGUCGCCGCAUCCCUGGAUGCAAUUCUGCCAAAUUCACCGGCUUCUGCACUUGUCGAUCUCCCGACACAGCCAAAACGUCCCGACAGUGUGGAGGAUGUCAGUAGCGCCUGCUUCGACAUCUUCCGCUUUACGCCUGUUCCUACACUCAUCGUUGAUGCAUCGCGCAAAAUCGUUCAGGUAUCAGACAGCCUUGUUAUGACCUUGCCAGGAGGUAGACGCGAGGAUCUCAUGGGGCGGCACGUUCUUGACCGACCAGAUUUGCCAGUGCUUGCCUCGGCCCGCGAAUCGCUCCGGGCCGCAGAGGAAACUGGGUCAUGGACUCAGGUUGACCACCUAACUGAUUCGCAGCAAGUCUGGAGAACCCGCGCAGUUCCCAUCUACCGCAAUGACAGCCUUCACUGCACACAGCUGGAGUUCCACGAUGUCACCGAGGAGCAUAGAAAGAGGCUGGAGCUGGAGGAACGCUUGUACACGAACGAGACCUUCCGGAUUCUAGUCGAAACGGUCAAAGAUUACGCAAUCUUCAUGCUUGACCCAAAUGGAAACAUUGCCACUUGGAAUGCUGGUGCUCAGGCUUUCAAGGGCUAUACGAAAUCAGAGAUCGUUGGGCAGCACUUUUCUAUGUUCUAUGGUGAAAAAGACCUUGCUUCGGAUAAGCCAGGAUGCGAGCUUCGCGAUGCUCUUCGUGAUGGUCGUUGCGAAGAUGAGGGCUGGCGGUACAGGAAGGAUGGCUCCCGGUUCUGGGCUAACGUCGUUAUCACCCCUGUCUUCAGAGAGGGCGUCCUUAUCGGAUUCUCGAAGGUCACUCGCGACUUGACGGAUCGACGCAAGGCCGAGCAGCAACUUAUCGGUGCAUACGAGGAGGCAUCGAAGUUGAAGUCAGAGUUCCUGGCGAACAUGUCCCAUGAAAUCAGAACUCCCAUGCACGGCUUGCUCUCAGCACUGACCUUGCUACUGGAUACAAAGCUUGACUUUGAUCAGUUGGACCUGGCUCGCAUCAUCCAAGAAUCCGGCGAGGUCCUCCUCCAGGUGAUUAACGACAUCCUCGACUACAGCAAGUUGGCCAAUGGCAGCUUCUCGAUAAGCCACGACAUCAUCAACAUCGCAGACAUCGUACAUUCGGUUCACCGAGCGCAACAAAAGCUGUUCGGUGCUCAAGUCAAAUUCGAGAUCCACCUAGAUCCUCGGAUACCACAGGCCGGGGAAGGCGACAGUCUGCGGUAUCGCCAGAUCGUUCAGAACCUAGUUUCAAAUGCUGCUAAAUUCACCGAAAAGGGAUCUGUACAUGUGAAUACUAGGCUCGAAGGCGAGGACGAAGAGAAUUCCGUAAUUUGGACCGAGGUCGUGGAUACCGGCAUCGGUGUGCCUGUAGCAUCUGCAAAUGCGCUCUUUACUCCGUUCACCCAAUUCGACAAUUCUGCAACCAAGCGAUACAAGGGAACUGGACUUGGCCUAAGCAUCUGCAAAAGCCUCUCUGAGCUCAUGGGUGGUGAGAUUGGAUUCCACUCAAAUCCUGGAGGCCACGGCAGUGUGUUCUGGUUCACCAUCAAGCUCAAGAAGUGCAAACAAUUCCAGACCGUCAAAACUCCCCACAUCGAGUUGAACGGACUUCGAGUUCCAACACCAGCAAUUGGGGACCAUCUGGAGGAGAUGAAGAACGUUGCUGUCACCAAGCGCUUGCUGUUGGCGGAAGAUAACUUUAUCAACCGAAAGGUUAUGUUGCGUAUGUUGACUGGUCUUGGGUUCCCCGACAUUGAUGUUGCCGUUGAUGGCAAAGAAGCUGUUGCGAAGACGAUACAAACAGCCAUCCAUCAACAUGCGCCUGUGCCUUAUGACCUCAUCUUGAUGGAUAUCAACAUGCCAGUACAGGAUGGCGUCUCCGCCACACAAGAGCUCAGGGAUAAAGGCUAUCACAUGCCUAUCAUCGCAAUGACUGCAAACGCGCUCAAGGGCCACGCUGAAGCCUAUAUCGCCAAGGGAAUGACUGGAUACAUUGCAAAGCCUGUGGACAGGAAGCUCCUCAUCAAAGUCCUUCUGAGCUGUUUCAAGAAAACGCCUGGUGACUGA